GGAGGUUUGCCAGUUUCUCCGUUAUCUGGUGGUGGGCUCGCGGGAGUCCCCGCGCCCUAAAACCCUAAACCCGAAACCAAACUCUAGAUCCUGUAGACUGUAUCCUCCUUCCAUUACGGCGUCUUGGAAGUCUUCAGUUUCUCUUCUGGAUUCGCGCGAUGGAAACGAUGGUGAAGAAGUUUCAACAGAAGUACAAGAGGGUGAGGGACGAGAUGGGGCGGUGGGACGAGCUCCAAUCCCGAUUGCUCUCCCAAUUUGGAAACGCCUCCUCUAUCAUCGAGAGACUGGAGGUGCUUAGAGAGGCUAAAAAUUAUGGCGCGCUAAGAUGUGUCCCCGGCAUUAGAGAGGCAGUCUUGGGGAAACAGAUGGAAGCCUUGGAAAUGAUCUUUUGUUCCAUGAGAGAGACAAUGAAAGAGUUUCACAGUGUUGUCAUGUCUCUUGGUAAGAUUGCACAUGAUGGGAGCCAACUAUUGAAAGGAGGAUCAGCACCAACUACUCGGCAAAUGCGACUGCAAGUUGGAAUAUGGCCAAGUCUUGCAGAUUGCCUGGAUGGGCUUAAGUCAAUUCACGAGAUGUACCAAUCUGAGUACCUUCUUAAAUCAUCUGUGAUAUCCUCAUUGACAUGGAAGUGCAGUGCUAGUGAUAUUGUUGCACUACGUGAACUCUUGGUGGAUCAACCUAACAUCCCCAAAGAUGAAGUGCAAUCGAUUUUUGAUAUAAUAUUUGCAGAAGAGAUCUACUAAAUCUUUUGCAUGCUAUUCUGUUGGAUGUUUCUCUGGACAGCUUUAAGAGUCGCGUAAGACACUGCUACCUUGUUUCUUUACCUACUAAUAGCUUUCCUCUGCUGCUGAUUUGCAGGUGGGACAUAUCAAGAAAUUACAUCUGCUGGAGUCAGAUCAAGGUCCCAUGUCAUAUAUGACAGAAUCGUUAAAACAUCAUCAAUAUUGUGGGCUUUAAAUGUGGAAGGCCAGAAGGAUCAGUUCUGGUAUUUCUGAUUUUGUUACUGUCAGACUGCUGAGGAUCCAUGGAUGAGUCUGUAUCAUAAUGUUACUCCUGUAAGGAGUCUAACAUCCAGUUAUUCCAUGGAAGACUACUGUCAUCAACGUGUGCAACCCAAGAGCAUGAUAACAAUGUUACCUCUUUUUUUUAUUUUUGUUGGUUUAAGGCUAUUGCAAUAUGCUUGGUCCUAUAUUACAGAGGCUAAAUGUAACCAAAACAAGCUAGGGUUAAUCAAUUUAUCGGGCGUGGACUUUUUCCCCCCAUUUCAUGUC